AUGCAGGACUCCGUCCGCGCACCCACCCUCUUCACUCUCAUGCCCUCUGCCAUGCUGAUGGACGCCUACCGUGACGAACGCCCUCGGAUCUGCAUCGCCUACAGAACGGACGGUCAACUGCUCAACCACCGGAGGAUGAACUUUCAUUCGUGUGUCUCCACAAGCACCGUCCACGAACUUCUCUUCGCCGACGACUGCGCCCUCAACGCCACCUUGGAAGGGAACAUGCAAAGGAGCAUGGACCUCUUCUCUGCCGCCUGCGAGAACUUCGGCCUGGUCAUAAACACGGAGAAGACGGCGGUCAUGCAUCAACCGCCACCGGAUGCUGUCUGCUUUACACCCCAAAUCAAUUUGAACGGUGACCAACUGCAAGAAAUGGAUAACUUCACGUAUCUGGGCAGCACCCUCUCCCACAGCAGCAACAUCGACAAUGAAGUGGCCCGCCGGAUUUCCAAGGCCAGUCAAGUCUCCGAUCGUCUUAAAAGCACAGUUUGGAAUCGCCACGGUCUUCAACCCUGCACGAAACUGAAGAUGUACAAGGCCAUCAUCCUACCGACGUUUCUAUAUGGAGCUGAGACUUGGGCGGUAUACAUUAAGCAGGAACGCAGACUUAAUCCCUUCCACGUCAGUUGUCUUCGUCUAACACUGAGGAUAAGGUGGUGGGACCGGAUCCCUGACACGGAUGUAGUGGAUCAGACGGGAAUCCUCAGCAUUCACGUUAUGCUGAGACAACUGCAACUACGCUGGAACGGCCACCUCGUAAGGAUAGACGACGAAAGGCUACCUAAACGACUCUUCUAUGGAGAUGUCUCAGAGGGUUCGUGCCGCCUAGGAGACCAGAUCCGUAGCUACAAGGACACUCUGAAGACCUCCCUGAAGCCUCUACAGAUCAACCCUACGAAUUGGGACGACCUUGCCCAGGACCGACCUAUGUGGAGGAGGACAACGAAGACAGGCACCGUGAUCUACGAGGCCAACCACAUCGGCAGCGCCAAUCCGAACGCGAGGCUCGCAAAUCUCAAUUGCACCCAACCCGUACCGCCAACGUCCAACCGCCUCCAACGCGCUCACUGUGUUAACGGACAUUUUGGGCGCCAACUGGAAAUGGUGGACACCUUCGGAACAAAUACAGCACCCGAACUGCACCAAGCGUCAUGUCUCCGUUCCCCUCUUCCUCGCCUCAUACGCCGCCAACUAACAAUGACUGCCCUCCCGAACCACCACUACCACCCUCCUUCUCCUCCUCUACGUCUGCCGCUGUGGCGUCUGCCAUGCCCAUCAACAGUACACACAAUCGUGACGCACCAACAAACACCAACACCGUCACCGUCGACAUCAGCGACGAGAACCUGA